GCUGACCGAAAAUGAAGCGGUACAUGGUGGUCUGGGGGUCGGUGUUCUUCUUGGUGAUGUUCUGCUCCCUGUAUCUGAUGCUGGAGACGGUCACAAUGUCCAGUAAACCCCUGGAGCUGGACGCGGGAACACAUGGUGUGUAGUGAUAUUUCACCAAUGACGAGGACAGAUACAGCGGGUGCAAGAUGCCCAUUCAACUGAGGCCAAGAAAAAAAAAUCCACAUCAGAGACAAAUCAAUGUCCUCUAUUUUAUGCUGGCUAUAUUUGCAUUGGCCAGUCUUUCAACUUAUCUAAAUUAUGAGUUCUUACACAAAGGACUUGCACGCAAGGAUCCUGUCUCAUCCAAGUAUAUGCAAGCAUUGGAUGGAAUAGAAAUAAAGAUCAAAAGAAUAGAAGAUGACAUCAUACGUAAUCAUGAGACGAUAAAGGAAAUUAAAGACACAGUGGGGAAGAUUGCCAAAGGCGACCGUUCUGGUAUUGACCGCCUGAAGGAGGUCCUGCAGCUGGACAUCCCUGUGGAGGUGAAGAAGCCGGGGCGGCAGGAGGAGGAGCCCCGGGAGGACCCUGCUCCAGGGCUGGUCAACAUGGAGGUGCCGGCCCCGGGCCUCAAGAAGGAAGAGGAGGUGUACGAGGUGCAGACCCGGUCAGUCCAACUUGUGCCUCAGGACAUGUGCACCUGGUCAGACAGUCCUGCUGCUGCAGACUACCAGAUGCAUGACAUCUUUGAGCUCCUGCCAUUUGAUAAUCCUGAUGGCGGAGUGUGGAAGCAGGGCUGGGACAUCAGCUAUGAUGCCAAUCAGUGGUCACCUACCAACCAGCUGCAGGUGUUCGUCGUCCCCCACUCACACUGUGACCCAGGGUGGAUCAAGACCUUUGACGACUACUACCGGUCACAGACCAAGCCAAUCUUGGACAACAUGGUCACAAAGCUUGAGGAAGACAAGAACCACAAGUUCAUCUAUGCUGAGAUUUCCUUCUUUUCUCACUGGUGGGAUGAGAUUGAUGACAGCAUCAAGAAGAGAGUCAAGGUCCUGGUAGACAAUGGUCAGCUGGAGAUUGUGACAGGAGGGUGGGUUAUGACGGAUGAAGCCAACGCCCACUACUUCGCCAUGAUAGACCAGCUGCUGGAGGGCCAUCAGUGGCUGGCUGGAACACUAGGUGUGAAGCCCCAGUCAGGCUGGGCAAUAGACCCUUUUGGGUACUCCUCCACCAUGGCCUACAUACUGAAGCGCACAGGUCUGAAGAGCAUGCUCAUACAACGUGUGCACUACUCCAUCAAGAAACACUUGGCACAGAAGAAAGCAAUGGAGUUCAUGUGGAGGCAGCAGUGGGACAACGAGGGAGGCACGGAUAUGUUCUGCCACAUGAUGCCCUUCUACUCCUAUGAUGUCCCUCACACAUGUGGCCCGGACCCCAAGGUCUGCUGCACAUUCGACUUCCGCCGGCUGCCAGGAUCCAAGUACAAGUGCCCCUGGAAGCUGAACCCUGUGUCGGUCAAUGAUGGCAAUGUGGCCGAGAGGUCCCUGACCUUGUUGGACCAAUAUCGGAAGAAAGCCCAGCUGUACAAGACCGAUGUGCUGUUGAUCCCUCUUGGGGAUGACUUCCGGUACGACCAGGCCGAUGAGUGGGACAAGCAGUACUCCAACUACCAGAAGAUCUUCAACUAUGUCAACUCACAUUCAGAACUCAAUACUCAGAUGCAGUUUGGUACAUUGUCUGACUACUUCAACACUCUAUACAAGACUAUGGGGGUAGACGUAGGGGCACAGCCCAAGAGCAUCCCAGUGCUCAGCGGAGAUUUCUUCACUUAUGCUGACCGUGAUGAUCACUACUGGAGCGGAUAUUUCACCUCUAGGCCCUUCUACAAACACCUGGACAGGCUAAUGGAGGGUCAUCUCAGGUCUGCAGAAGUGAUAUUUUCCAUGGCCCAGUCAUAUGCUAGGAAGUUUACAUCAUCAGCCUUUCCGUCCGUGGAGAUGAUGAGCCACCUGGUGACAGCGCGGCGGGCGCUGGGGCUGUUCCAGCACCACGAUGGCAUCACCGGCACAGCCAAGGACUUUGUGGUUGUGGACUACGGCAACAGGAUAGUGGAGUCCCUGGCACAUCUGAAACGCUUGAUAGUAGAGUGUGCCACGUACCUACUUGCUGCCGAGAAGAAUGACUACAAAGACAAGACAUACUACUUCAAUGUGGAUGAGUUGAGGGAAUCCCAUGAUUCUCUGCCAGACAAGACAGUCAUGGAGUUGUCAGAGAGCUUUAGGUCUGUGAUUCUGUACAACUCCAUGGCCAGCAAGCGAACUGAGGUCGUAAAAGUAUUCAUCAAUGCUGUGGAUGUGGAGGUCCAGAACCCUACAGGCAAAGUCAUACACUCUCAGAUAGAGCCAUUCUGGGCAGACACAGACAGCACUGCAGGCCUGAAGUACAAGCUGGCCUUUGUGUGUGAGUUGCCGGCACUUGGUGUGGCACGCUACCAGAUCCGGAGAGUUGCCCCUGCCUCCAACCCAAGACAUCACAGGGUAGAGAUCAAGCUCAUCAAUGCCCAGCCCAACCAGGCCACUGUACCAUCAUUUGUUGUGAAACAUAAGACUGACUCAGCUGAUUUUAGCCUGGAAAAUGCUUACUUUAAAGCUCGAUUCUCUGGGACUACAGGGUUGUUGAAGGCGAUGACCACCAAACCAGACUUGGUUGAACACAAAACUGAGGCUGAGUUUGUCCUGUAUGGAACCAAAAAUGCCAAGGAGAAGUCUGGAGCCUAUUUGUUCCUGCCUGAUGGUGUGGCCAAGCCUGUGCCCAUUGCUGGCCCCUUGGUGCGAAUCAUCACAGGGCCUAUCUUGUCAGAAGUUCAUGUCUUCACUCCAUAUGCAGAACAUGUUGUGCGUGUCAUCAACUCUGCAGGAAGCGAUGGCACUGCGCUUGAUGUCUACAAUAUUGUCGAUGUCAGACAUCUGCUUAAUAAGGAAGUGGCCAUGAGAAUCAGCACUGACAUCAAGAACCAAGACAGAGUGUUUUACACAGACUUGAACGGAUUCCAGAUGCAGAGAAGAAAGACAUAUGACAAACUCCCCCUACAGGCCAACUUUUACCCUAUGCCAGCAAUGAUGUUCAUGGAGGAUCAGAAUUGCCGAUUCAGCAUUUUGUCCCAGCAGAGUUUGGGUGUAUCCAGUCUUAUUCAGGGUGUUGUGGAGGUGAUCUUGGACCGUCGGCUAAACCAGGAUGACAACCGUGGACUUGGUCAGGGUGUGUUGGACAACAAACGUACCCCUAACAGGUUUAGACUCCUGGUAGAAAACAGGAGAUCAUCUAAAGAGGCUAGUACCACCGUGACACUGGGCUACCCAACCCUUGUAGCACACCUGGUGUCCCUACAUCUGACCCAGCCCAUAUUUGUAAUGCCCCAGAAACCCAGCUCCCCACCUCUCACACUCAACCCGGUCUUCACACCCAUUUCACACGAACUGCCGUGUGACCUACAUCUGCUCAAUCUGAGAACUAUGCAGAACAAAGAUGACAGUCCUGAGCUGAAGUAUGUGCCCCGGGACACGGCGGCCCUGCUGCUGCACCGACUGGCCUACGACUGUUCCUACCCGGUGCUGGGUUUGUCGUGUGUUGCCACGGACCCCAAGGUAACAUUUGAGAAUCUGUUCAAAGAUCUGAAAGUGGAGAAGCUUGUGGAGACCUCCCUCACACUGAUGCAUGACUAUGGGGAGGUGGACCCUCAAACUGCUAUCCAAGUCGAUGCCAUGGAGAUCAGCGCAUUCCGCAUUAAACUCAAGUGAUCACUGAUCAUCUGCAACAUCACAUGGUUCCCUGGUGCCGUGGAAAGCUUUUCAAUCAUUUUAGCUAUACUGUAUCAAGCUCCACAAAACACCUUAGACACAUCUGUACAAAUGUAUACUUGCAGACAUCUGUACACUGAUAUACUUGCAGACAUCUGUACACUGAUAUACUUGCAGACACAUCUGUACACUGAUAUACUUGCACACACAUCUGUACACUGAUAUACUUGCAGACAUCUGUACACUGAUAUACUUGCAGACAUCUGUACACUGAUAUACUUGUAGAUAUCUGUACACUGAUAUACUUGCAGACACAUCUGUACACUGAUAUACUUGCAGACAUCUGUACGCUGAUAUACUUGCAGACACAUCUGUACACUGAUAUACUUGCAGACACAUCUGUACACUGAUAUACUUGCAGACAUCUGUACACUGAUAUACUUGCAGACACAUCUGUGUCUGAGUAGGGUAUUGAUGUUAAGGCAAUGACGUACAGUGUAAUGGAGUAUAUUGAUACUCUUUAAACAUUCUCGUCCUAAGUAUCUCCCGGGACAUCUCUGAACAGGGCCACAAUUCACAAAUUGCUUCUCUCUUUCUUCAUUCUUAUGGUGAUCUGAUUUGUUUAAAAUCUCUUCUCCUAAUAUUAGUCCUGUCCCCAUAUAAGGCUGCCUGAGGAUAAUGAGGGUCAUUGAUAAUACUGAUCCACAUUGACAUCCCAUAUCUCAUGAUGCAAAAAACAAGAAGAUGUAGAUUCUUGCUCCUGCUUACAAGCAUUGAUCCGGAGGGGAGGCUGUGCCCCUGGGUAGGGGGUGUAGGGGAGGCUGUGCCCCUGGGUAGGGGGUGUAGGGGAGGCUGUGCCCCUGGGUAGGGGGUUGAGGAGAGGCUGUGCCCCUGGGUAGGGGGUGGAGGGGAGGCUGUGCCCCUGGGUAGGGGGUUAAGGGGAGGCUGUGCCCCUGGGUAGGGGGUGGAGGAGAGGCUGUGCCCCUGGGUAGGGGGUGGAGGGGA